AUGGCCGCCUUCCAGCUGUUUUUCCCGCUGUUGGUCAGCUGUGUGGCGGCAUCCGCACGCCCUCCUCGCCACCUCCCUUCAUGUCAAGUUGUCCAGAUGGAUGUGUUCUGCAGCGAUCUGAGCCUCAGAAGUGCACCAGACGACCUCCCUCCUGAUGUACAAAUGCUGGACCUUUCACGUAACCAGGUGCAAAAUCUCUCCCAGGAAACUCUAGCGUACCACACCAGCUUCCACCAUUUGAAUCUUCACUCAAACAAGAUCCACUUCAUCCAGCCUGGGCUUUUCAGAAAUAUGACUGAUCUCAAAGUCCUGGAUCUGUCCAGGAAUCAUUUAAAUGUUUUUGCUCGCUCCAAAACUAACAUUGGGCCUCUUACAGCUGUAGAGUCUCUGGAUCUUUCGAGCAAUGGGCUGUACACGGGGAUGUCAGACUAUUUCCUGGCUGAUUCUCCAUCACUGACAAACCUUUCUCUGAACAGCAAUAGCAUCACCAAAAUAGCACAAGACACCUUCAUUGGAUCCUCGUCUUUGAAGAAAAUCAGCCUCCACAAUAAUGUCAUUUUAGAGAUAGAAGAUGGAGCUUUUGACUCCUUGAAUCAUCUGACUGAACUCGAUUUGUCCAAAAACUCAAUCACAUGUAUCACAGACUUCAACCUCUAUAAAUUAAAGGUGCUUAAUCUCAGCAAGAACAGCAUGGAGCUUUUCCAUAGCUCAAAAUCAACUUCUCCGUAUGAUCUUCUCUCUCUCGAUCUGAGUCAAAACAAAAUUUCUUCCUUUCCUCUUCUUCCGAGAAUAAACAAACUUAAAUAUCUGGACAUUUCACGAAACCAACUUCAGAGCAUCAAUAUUACAGAAAGUAAUACAAACAUUAUUUUGAUGCACCUGAGUUACUUGGACAUGAGUUACAACCAACUCAAAAGCAUACCAGAGUCCUUUUUUUCCUGCAUGAUAUCUCUUGAGGUCCUCAAUGUGAGUAAUAACUGUAUUGAUUCAUUUUCUAUCACUAAUGAAUUAAGUAUAGAGAAAGUGAGGAUUAUCAAUCUCAGCAAUAAUAACCUGCAGAGUCUGACAUUUGGGGAAAACACUCUGCAAUCACUGGAAGAGCUGGUCUUACAAGGAAAUGACUUGACAACCCUGGACCAUCAAACAUUUCAAAGACUUCCUAGUAUCAUACACCUGCACCUUCAGCAGAACAAUCUGAAAAUCUGCACCUCAGAGAAAAAGCCAUCACUGACAGACCUCGACCACCAAGAUCCUUCAGGUUGUGUGUCCUUUUCUUCUAUUCCAAGUUUGCAGUUCUUGUACCUCUCUGAAAACAAUCUGGAGACUCUGCCUGCGAAUGCGUUUGCAAACACCCAUUUAAGGUUACUGGACUUGUCCCUGAACCCGGGCUUAGACAUGCAUAAAGACUCCCUCUCUGGUCUCGAGCAUUCCCUGGUUCACCUGCUCCUGAGAGAAAACAACAUUUCCAAACUGAACACGGACCUGUCCUCGCUGAGGAGUCUCAAACACGUAGACCUUUCCACCAACCAGUUGACUACUCUGCCAAUGUGGAACAAAGAUUCCUCCAUUGAGUCACUAAAUCUGCAAAACAACAAUCUUGUCACUCUGGAGUACAACACCAUGGUGGCUCUGGAGCGCUCACUAAAAACCCUCUACAUGGGCUCCAAUCCUCUGAGCUGCUGUAAAAACCAUGGCUUCCUUCACUUGGUUCAGCACUCAGCCGUGGUCGUUCCCGACAUUAAGACUGUGACCUGCAUCCAUGAGGAGAAUUCAGAACCAGUCAACAUAAAGACAGUGACCCAGGAAAUGUGUCAAAGACAAGGACAGCCAAACUAUAUUAUUGUUAUUGUAGUGCUAGCGUUAGUUACAAUCAUCGUCGUGGGACUGGUGGCAAAAUGUUGCCAUGCGAGGAAACGAAAGCACAGCCGAAGCUUUAAUGCGUAAUGGGAAUAAACUAUUCAGCUCCACGAAGGAAUUUAUAUUAUAUCUUCUUUUCACAAGACGGUUGGUGGGUUUUAAGUAGAGACAAUAAAGAAAACAAAACAUGAAUGUAGUGUCUGUGAUGGCGCCCAGCGGUUUCUGAAGAGACAAUCUGAAGCUUUGAUUUGGGUUUACCACUGCAGUCUUUGUUCAUAGAGCAAGUAAAUCCAGAUUGGUGAAGCUGAGGCAGGACACUGAAGAAGCAACAUAAAGCAAACAUGUGCCCUAACAUCUCCUCAAUGAAGCAAUAACUCCGGAGAAGUGAACUCAAGGUUUUUUGCAGUCAGCAUCUAGUGGCCAUUUGAGGAACUGCAACUUUAGACCCUUACGGCUACAGCAGUAGUUUCCUGCUUGGUUUUUUGAUAUCAAAUCACAUGAUUAUAAUGAAUGUAAAAAGGAAAAAUCCACACUAAAACAUGUUAACACUGUUUACCAUUUUCUCCUAUACAGUGGUCAUUUUAGAAAACAUGCUUAUUCUCUUUCUUGCUAAUAGUUAGAUGAGAAAAUUGAUACCACUGUAGCAUUCGUCUACUAAAUAUAAAGCUACUGCCAGCAACCGCUUAGCUUGACUUAGCAUAAAGAUUGAACACACUGGUGAAACAGCUAGCCUGACUCUCUGCAAAGGUAGCAAA